AUGCGUGCAACAGCGCAAGCGGGCGAUGAUUUCUACAGGCUCAUGUAUGCGCACAACCUUUGGUUAGCCCCGAAGUGUGCAGCCCAGCUUGUUCAGUACAGCACUGCGUUUUUGAAUGGCUACGUGCUUCUGGCCCAGCAUGCCUUUGACCAACGCCUUACAACCUUCGCGAUGGUUCCGAAAAUCCAUGCGUAUAGACACCUGAUCCUAGACUUGGAGAGAGCCUUAGAAGCGCAACACACCGCCGUCAUCAAUCCGUUGGCCUGGAACAAUGAGCUAGGAGAGGAUCUGGUGGGCCGGAGCGAGGCUAUGCAAGUAAAAACCGGGCGCCCGGGCGCCAGGCUCCCAUCGCGGCCAGGCGUUUUUGAACUCCAGGGCGAGACGGAGAACGGGGCGCCCAUGUUCAGAUCGCUGAACGGGAAUUACCUCUUCCAUGGCCCCAACUGCGGCAUCGGGCAGUCCGGGAGGCAGUGGAUCAUCAGCCCAGCGCUGUGCUCUCAAGGCUACAACGUGGCUUACUUGACCUCAGAGGACCCAAUUCCGCCCUUGUCGGGAGUGUGGUCUAUGAGCUGCGGCAGGAGUGGCUGGGAAAAUAUGGACAUGGACUUUGCCAUCGUGCCCAAGAUCGGCCGGCUGCGGACCCCGAAAGGAUUCUGCCUUGAGAGCUGGCAGGGCGAGGCAUUGCUGCAACCCUGUGGAAGUGAUGGUGCUCAGUUGUGGAUCUUGAACAGCACCAGUGGGCAUUUGGUCGACAUCAACGGCAACUGCCUGCAGGCAGUGUCUCUCCCCGCGGUGGGCCAAAUGAUUGGCAUCCCGGUGGACGUGGACGAGUGUGUGGGUACAGAGACGCAGCAGUGGGAGUAUGACGAGCUCACCCAGCAGGAGAGCCCCUACGGGGAUUCGGAUGACACUGGCCAGUGCCUCUCCAUGCACCAGCCCUGGGCCUCGCUGCUGGUGCACGGCUUCAAGCGCGCCGAGGGGCGCUCGUGGAAACAUGACCAUCGAGGACGACGGCUUUGGAUCCACGCCACCAGCAAGGCCCCGGAUCCGCAGGAGGUCGAGGAGCUGGAGACGAGGUACUUGAGCGUCUACUCAGCCGCCGGUGUGCCUGUGCCGCCCGUGCCUUCCCAAGCCGGGGGCUACCCCACCUCUGCUUUAUUGGGUUGCGUGGACGUGGAGGCAUGCUGGAGCAACGCCGAGUACAGAAGCGUGCUGGCCAAGAAUCCCUCCAUGCCGCAGGAGGAGAGCGAAUCCGAUUACAUUUUCUGGUGCCUGAGACCUCGUCGCCUGGUGGUUCCCUUGAAGAUGGGGGGCGAUCACAAGAUUUGGCGCCUCGAGAAGUCGAGCCUUGCACCGGCGCAGCGCGGCCUGCAGCCGGUGCGCUGGCCGGCGCCCAAAGAGAACGAGCAGAUCUUGGCGUCGCCGGAAAUCCAGCGUGCUGAGCGGCCUGCGCCCAAAGGUGAGGCGAGGCCGGCGCAAGCAAAGGCGUCGCCGCCCAAGAGCUUGGCGGGCUGGGACUUGUGGCCCACAGAGGUCUCGGAGCAGCUGCAGGUGCUGGAGACCAACGAGAAGACCGCGGUGGUGCUGCAGAACGGCUUCGUGCAGCUCAGCGGCCACGUGGACGCGGACCUCCAGCAGCGGAUCAUCGACGACGUGCGCAACCUCGGGGUCUCCCCCCACGGCUUCUCCUCCGAGGACUUUGAUGGAAUCAAGGUCUCCCAGGGUGUACAGAGGAUGUACCUGGGACUUCGCUGGAACUCCUCGGGGAGGAAAUGGGAGCAGAGCAAAGUGGACCAGUUCGUGGCUGCGCUGCCCAAGUUCUUGGCAGAUAUGUACAGUGAUGCUGUCAAGAGCGCCAACCGAGAGAUGAGCAGCGGCCAGAACAAGCGCCGGAAGCUAACGCCCUUUCCGGAGGGACAAGCCAGCGUUGCAGUGGUGGAAUUUCUGCCGAUCACCUCGACCGUCCAGCUGCAUCAAGAGAAGACAGAGACUCGGGAAGCGCUGGAGGCUGGAUACCCCCUCAUGGGCCUCUAUCUGGGUGCUAGCUGUGAGCUGGCCUACAGCACAGAGGGGCCCAGCGGAACCUCCAAGCCCAAGGUGCUGCGGCUGAAGAGUGGGGACUUGCUGCUGAUGGGCGGCGAGAGUCGCCAGCUCUGGCACGGCAUCAGCCGGGUGAUUCCCAACACCACCCCCUCGAACCUGCGGAUUCAGCCGGGGCUUCUGAGCCUCAACGUGCGCGUGCACUGA